UAAAUACUGCAAGGCGGGUAGUCGAACAGUAUCAGUUUCAGUUCAGCUACAAUCAACUAAACUUGCCUUAGUCGCAACUAAACCCCAAACAAUCAACAUGUACUCCAAAGUUGUGAUCUGCCUGGCCAUCUGCGUCCUGAGCUCGGUUUCGGCCGCUGUCGUCCCUGUUGCUGCCCCACUGGCCGCCGCUGGAGUCGUUGCCCCCUAUGCCACCUCGUACAAUGCACACACCGUGAACCACAACAUUGCCGCCCCCUAUGUCGCCGCUGCUCCCGUUGCCAAGUACGUUGCCGCUCCGGCUGCCUACGCCGCUGCCGCUCCAGUGGCCCGGUACGUUGCUGCCCCAGCUGCGUAUGCCGCCCCAGCUGCCUACGCCGCUGCCUACGCUGCCGCUCCAGCCAUCGCCGCCUACACCGCUCCCUACACCUACCCUUAUCUGUUCUAAGUCGACGCGACCACCACGGCGACCGGAUACGACGACAGUGACAGGAAACGAGUUCUAGUCAAUUUGGACCCGCUAAGUUUAUGUUGAAAAUAGCUGAACUGUGUUGAUUGAGAAUAGAUGAUUUUUUAAGAAUGCAA